CGCAGGACCAAAAAAAGAUUCUUAACAAGAGAGCCAUGUAUCCUCCAAGUCAAGUCAAUGAAGACAGUGAAAUGAUACCAGACCAAGAAGAAGAAGAAGCAGCUUUGUUGCUCUUAGAUAAAGUGACCCCACCAAUCCUUCUGAAGGAAUCAGCAGGUGAUAAUUCAUGUUGUAUCUUCAGAAUCCCUCACAUUCUUGGGCGAGCCAACCACACAGCUUAUUCACCCAAGAUCGUCUCAAUAGGCCCUUAUCAUCAUUCAGAUGAUAAAGAACAUGAACAUCUCAAGAUGAUCGAGGAGCACAAGAAACGUUAUCUAGAGUUCUUCGUGUCAAAGACCAAGGAAAAUGGCGUCAACCUAAGUCACUUAAUUGAUGUAGUCUCCAAAUCUGAGCAGGCCAUUAGAGAUUCUUAUUCCGAGAAUCUUGACUUUAGUCAAGAAAAGCUGACCAAGGUGAUGCUUCUUGAUAGUUGUUUCAUUCUUAUGCUGUUCCUUGUGGUGUCAAGAAAGAUUGAGUACAAAAACUUCAACGACCCAAUAUUCAAGCUGAGAUGGAUACUGCCUACUCUUCGAAGUGAUCUCCUCCUUCUAGAAAACCAGGUUCCUCUCUUUCUUCUUAAUAAAAUCUUAGAGACAUCAAAGUUAGCUCCAUCCACAAGCUUAAACGAGAUGGCCUUCACCUUCUUCAAGUAUUCGAUAAAGAAACCAGAAAACUCCUGGGAGAAACAUAAGAAUCUUCGAGCAAAACAUCUUCUUGAUCUCAUUCGUAAGACUUUCAUACCCAUCCCGUCUCCACCAACCACCCAAAAGCAAUGCUGCAUCAAUAUUGAUUCAAGUGGUCCUGAGGAAAAAACAAGAGUUAUAAAGACACUCAAAAACACUUGUUUAACUAAGAUAUGUCCUUCAAAGGAGAGCGGUACUAGAGCCCAAAAAACAUCACCACCUCCCAGCCGUUUUCUUGAACUAAUUGUCUCAGCCAAGAAGCUUCGUCUUCGAGGAAUAAAGUUCAAGCGCAGGGAGAAUGUUGAUACACCGUUAGACAUAAAUUUCAAGAACGGUUUGCUUGAGAUACCGUUACUAGUCUUUGAUGAUUUUAUGAGCUCUGUUUUAAUCAACUGCGUAGCCUUUGAGCAGUUCAACAUGAGAUGCACAACGGAGAUUACAAGCUAUGUGGUUUUUAUGGGUUGCCUGAUAAACACAGACGAGGAUGCGACCUUCUUAGUUGAGAAAGGGAUCAUAGAGAACUAUUUUGGAACGGGUGAACAAGUUUCUUUGUUCUUCAAGAACAUAGGGAAAGACAUCUCGUUCAGCAUAUCUAAGAGUUAUUUAGCAAAGUUGUUUGAGAGAGUGAACAAGUACACUUCAAAAGGAUGCCAUGUACAUUGGGCAGGGUUCAAGUACACACAUUUCCACACUCCAUGGACGUUUCUAUCAUCUUGUGCGGCUCUGCUGCUUCUUCUACUUACCAUAAUCCAAGCCUUCUUUGCAGCCUAUGCUUAUUUUCGUCCUCCCAAGAACAAUUGAAAAUGUCUGUGGCCCUAGUCUCUCUUUCAAUAAAACUAUUUUGUUUUUAGCUUUUGUUUGACAAGUUUUAUUAUUGCAGUAAUUAUAUGUAUACUUUUACUGCCUCGGUCUUGUUAUAGAUUGUGUUGUACUUGAACCUUUAGUAGUUAAUUCCAUGCAUAUUCUUCAAAAA